AUGCAUACAUAUAUCUUACUCCCAAUCUAUCUAUCUAUCUAUCUAUCUAUCUAUAUUUACCACGUUUCGACUUCUAUUCGGCCUCGGUUCGACACCGUUUCGACUUCUGUUCGACAUCUAUUCGGCCUCGGCUCCGGUCUCGAUGUCGCCUCGAUUCGACCUUUGCUCGGCCGCUGUUCGACUUCUUUUCGGCCUCCAUUUGGCCUCGGUUCGACACCGUUUCAACUUCUAUUUGGCCUCGGUUCGACACCGUUUCAACUUCUAUUCGGCCUCGUUUUGGCCUCGGUUCGACCUUUGUUCAGCCUCGGACAACUUCUAUUCGGCCUCGACCACGAUGUGGCCUCGGUUCGACCUCUAUUCAGCCUCACUUCAAACUCUGUUCGGUCUCAAUCCGACCUCUUUUCAGAUUCGGUUCGGUCUCAGUUUGAUCUCAGUCAGCCUUGGAAGCAACUGCAAAAGUUGAGUUCAUCCUAG